AUGGCGGAUCCUCUACAAAAAACGAAUAACAUUACUCCAGAUGUGUUAGAGGCGGCACAAAUUCUUGUCACGAUGAGGCAAGGCAUGAGGGGUUUCUUAGAAGCUCAGCAGGUUUGCUACCGGAUGCCCUACGUCUAUUACACUUCGCUCAAUCCAACAAUAUCUCAGCUUCACUAUUUCUCAGCGCACGGAAUUCCUUUUUCGCCGCUAUACGACAUAUCCCCUAUUGCACCAGCGGCGUAUCAGUUCUCGCCUUUGGCACAGGCCCAGCAAGAACUAUAUUAUGGGAUGCUGACUUCGGCGCAAUGUAUUGUGGGGCCACCAAGAAAACAAGAUUCAACGGGUGUUGAUUUUACUGUGGGGUUCGGGGAAAAAGAGUCUUUGCAACCAGGUCAGUAAAAUUUGUCAAAGACACACAAAACGUUAUUUAGGCGGUUGACUUGCUUUUUCUUUUUAAUAAUUGCCUUCUGGAUACCCUGGGCGCUAGAGGGAUUUUUUCUUUCCUAACUGAGAGAGAGCAUCGCGUUUAGGCUAACGGCAAACGCGAGAUUCAAGAUAAGACAUUUUCAAAAUGAGACAUGAGCAGAUAAAAACAGCUUAAAACAAUUCUUAUGAAUAGAAUUGGUGGGAAUCUACAGAUUUUCGUGUAGUUAUAAUGAACAGUAAACGACAAGCGAAUGGAAAACUUGGUCACGUGGCACAAAUUCACGUUUGUCGUUUGCCGUAAACGCGAUGCUUAAUCUCCCUAUUUCCUGAUAAUUCGCGGCGAGCUUUAUCAAACUGUACGGUUAUUUCAAACUAUAGGGACUUCGAGAACGGACCUCUGGAGCCAGAGUAUUCUGGACUUUGAAGCCCGAAAAUAUUUUUUUGCAAAAUGAGUAUAAAGAAAAUCAAGCAAAUCUUUUUCUUUACACCCAGUCCGUUUACCUGUUUGUUUGCGUAAAAAGUAAUUUUAUGUCUGAUAAUUGCUGAUUUUCAGUUUCAAAGAAGCCCCGUUUACUAGAAACAGGCUCACCAGAACAAACCACGACAGAGAAACAAGAAUCCAAACGGAAACGUAAAAACCUCACAAAAGAACAGUUGGAAAUUCUCGAAUCAGUUUACGAAAAGGACAAAUAUCCUCACAUCGACGAUAGGAUAAAGUUAGAAAAACCGACAAAUCUUACUGAGGAUAGAAUUCAAGUCUGGUUUCAAAACAGGAGAGCAAAGGACAGGAAAAAACUGGAGGCACAGAAAUUACAACAGUAUUAUGUUGAGAGCAGAAGAAAAGUUUCAGAGGAAUUCAGAGAGGAUGUCGCUGAUGGUACCAAGUUUGCGAAUAAAAAGGAACUGGGUCACAUAAGAAAACAUAGUGGCAGUGAUCUUAGCGAAAAUGAUGAAUCUGACAGUUUAGGUUUCAGUGACUCUCCAAGUAAAUAA